AGGAAUUAUGGCAGCGCCUCCCUUCAAGUAAUGAUUACAAGAAAGAAUCCAUAAUGAUAUCAGAUUAUCCAUCCCCAAAAGAGGAUUGGAGCAAUGAAAUUGUAGAAUAUGAGAUGAACUUGGUUGAAUCUGUCGCGAAAGAGUUGCGUUCAAUGAGAUCUUUGAUACCUAAGAAGGAAAGACUUGAGAGGCAAGAAGCUUUUGUGCGUGGUCAAGUGAAUGAUGAUGUAGAGAUCAUCAGAAAGCAAGAGCUCGAGAUUAGAACACUCAGCAACCUGUCAUCUUUAGAGGUCCUAAAUGAGAACGAUGGUGUUCCGGCUGGAUGUGUGAUAGGGGUUGUCAACGAAACACUUUCUGUUUUCCUCAAGACACAGGGGACCAUUGAUGUGGACGCCGAACGUGAAAAGCUAAAGAAAAAGAUAGAGGAUAUCAAGAAGAUGCAUGAUAACUUAUCGAGGACAAUGAGCGCGUCUGGGUACAAGGAGAAAGUCAAAUCUAAUGUGCAUCAGGACAAUGUUGCUAGGCUUGCAUCUUACUUGCAAGAACUAUGCUCAUUGGAGGAGGUAAGUCAGCACCUUGGCCUUGAACGCGCUAAUGAUUCAUUCUAGAUGGAGUUAACUAUUUAGAUCAAGCUUUAUUCAUUACAAAAGUGCUAAAAACCCACUAGGUUUGACACCAAGUGUUUCAUAGACGCACGGACAAUGAUUGUAUGUCAAUAUCUGUGAAACAUUUGGCAUUAAACUCUUGGUGUCAAA